CCGACCCACGGAGCGACCAUCUGCUGUAAGGUCAGCCACGGAGACCACGUUCAUUCCAGAGUAUCCAAAUGCUAAGAGCGGUCAUCUCAAGACCAUCUGUCUUCCGUAUUUCCGCCGCAUCGACAUCUGGAAAGUCAUGGUAUUCCACGGCGCAUCCCUCGUCCACUGGUGAUCCGACCCUAUCCGGGGCCGCUAGGCAGGAUGUAUCGACGUCUGAACCUUCCUCGCCCCAGUCUACUGUUGCAGACACCGAUGCCUCGCCACGACCACCUCCGCCAGACCCCGGUUCCCCGCCAGCCGACCACACCAGUCCUGAAGACCGCGUCGCUCACGCUCGAGAACAACUCCGCUAUUGGACGGAGCGCAAUGCCAUCAUCGUGCGACAGCGCACCGACGAACUCGUCGCAUCGCUUGGAACGUCGUUCUCCCAGCUCGGUGGACGAAUCAACAAGGUGACAGGGUACGAGGAGAUCGAGGCGCUCAAACGACGUGUAGUCGAUCAAGAGACGCGCAUCGCCGCGGCACGCACGGCUGCACGGGAUGCCAAGACGGCGUAUGAGGAGGCCAUGCAACAGCGUUCCAACUCACAACGAGAGGUCAACGACCUGCUCCAGCGCAAGUCAAUGUGGAACGACGCAGAUGUCGGGCGCUUCACGGUCCUCGUGCGCCAGGACCACUUGUAUGAGCAGGAGGAAGCGCGCGCGAAAGCGGGGGUGGGCGCGACCGAAGACGAGGUGGAGCGGGAGUUCAGCGAGCUCAUGCGCGCGAUCCUCGCGCGGUACCACGAGGAGCAGGUCUGGUCGGACAAGAUCCGCAGCGUAUCCUCGUAUGGGCAGCUCGCGGUGCUCGGCGUCAACGUGUUCGUGUUCGUGCUUGCGAUCGUGUUGGUCGAGCCAUGGAAAAGAAAGCGCUUGGCCCAGACAUUCGAGCGGAAGGUGGAGGAACUGGAGAGAGCGAAUGGGGAAUUGGUGAGGGAAAGCAUAAACGCCUUGGAGGGAAGGUUGGAGGCGCGGGACAGGAUGCUCGAGAGCCUCGUGUUGGCUGCGGAGGUCACAAGAAGUCCGAGCCACACUGAACAAGUCGUGGUGGACGAACCACCAGAAACGGUCGAUGAAAAGGCCGGCCUAGCUAUAGAGCGGCUCGUCUCUGUGUCGAAGCAACGGGACGUAGCUGCUGUACUGGCCUCCGGUGCUUUCGUUGCAGGCGCACUAGGGUGGCUUGCACGCGGACGGUUUGGCAGUUAACCAAGAUGACAUCUAAUUUUCAGAUCACUUUGCAUAUAUCAACCAGAAUUCUAAGCUUGGGUUGGUACCAACUGAGAGAUGACGUCGAUAUUAAAAUCAACGAACAUUCAGACUGCGAUAUACACGACAAUGCACUCUG